UUCGGAACAUGUGUUCCCGGUAUGUCACCUUACCAACGUACAUGCAAUACUCGCGCUAUUGAAAGUUUCCGAUCAUAGUUUCUUUAUUGGAAAAUAUCCUGAAUUGAACAAACGAGGGAUCUACCAUGGCAGAACAGUACAAACUUAUUCACCCAAGCAAAUACUAUCGAGAUUACUUGAACGUUAACAUUCGCCCAGACGGAAGAGAGUUCGACAAACUCCGUCCAAAUGCAAUAAACGUCGGCUCGAUAACGACAGCAGACGGCUCGGCUAUCGUCAAAGUAGGAAACACCAACGUAGUCUGUGGCAUUCGCGCCGAACUUGCAAAACCAAAAGCCAGCACGCCCGAUCAAGGCUUCCUCGUGCCAACUAUCGAGCUCACACCCCUUUGCUCCCCAAAAUAUCGCACAGGCUCAUCAAACGAGGACGCCGAGCUUUACAGCGCUGCCCUCAAUGAUAUCCUUAUCAAUGCUGACUGCCUGGAUCUCAAAAAGCUCUGCAUAUACAAAGAAAAGUUGGUUUGGUGUCUAUAUUGCGAUAUUUCAUGCUUGGACCACGAUGGAUGCGUUAUCGACGCAUCGCUGAUUGCAGUGAUCGCUGCCCUGCGGAACCUCAAGCUACCAAAAGUUUCGUAUGAUGCAGAGAUCGAAAAGAUUUCCGUCGACACCUCAAUUAGGGAAAGCAUAGAAGUUAAAUCCAGUCCAGUAUCAACAACCUUGAUGGUCUUUGACGACAACGUCAUCAUCACCGAUCCCACAGCAGAGGAAGAAAGUUUGUCCAGUUGCAUCCUCACAAUCGCCGUUUGCAAUGGAGAAGUUUGCUACAUCCUGAAACCGGGCGGGACCCCUUUCAACAGCGAACAAAUGGACCUUUGCAUAAAACGCGCUCUGGCGAGGGAAAAAUCUGUUUUAAAACUCCUCAACAACGUAUUAAAGUAACUUUUAG